AUGGCACAAAGAACUCCCCAAGUAUUGAGACUACUGCAGUAUGUAUGUGUAGGCCUUGCACUUAUAGCCAGUGUGGAACUCUUUAAGUAUUCCUUUAGAGUGAACUAUGAUUGGGUCCACUGCACGCCCGUCAAGGAACAAUUGAGCCAAGGUACCUCCGCUUACAAGAUUUUCUCUGUGGGAGGCCCAAGUUGUGAUAAGAGAGGAGAGUUUAAGUCUAUCAUGAAGAAAAUGGCGUCUGAUUACCAACCUCAGGUGGAUGGUGUCUCGUUCUGUAUAAAGGAGUCUAAAGACGUCCCACCCAUCCACUAUCCAACUGGCACACCAAAGGGUAAACCAGGGUAUGUUGCCUACGUUGCUUAUGAGUCCGAUUCUCCUUUGAUCAGUGAAGUGUGUCAAGACGCCACCAUUAUGCAUUUUUAG